ACAAAACUCCGCUGACAGACAGCGCGCUCUGUGGAAGGAGGGCGAGGAUGAAUAUAGCAGGGGAUAUAAGAAAUUAAUUAGUUUCAGACAGACGACGUUGGCACCUCCAGUCAGCCUGAUUUAUUUCCACGGCUGCACUAUUUUUGGCAAACUGCAAAUGUUUGCCUCAAUCUAAAGCCAUAAAUAGCCGGGAAUGGAAGGUGAGGCCGCCACUAAAAACAUUGUCCCGCUGGAGUGACGGAGGCUGAAAUUUCCGGGGCAGCCCGAAGAACGGAGGCGGCCCGGGUUGGAGGAAAAGCUGCGGUGCUCGGAGCUCCCUGCAUCCCGGCACCGUUGGCUCCGGGCCGCUGCAUCCCGGAGAGCUGCGGGGAGAGCGGGGCUGCCCGACCCGGGGCUGCGGCGGGGAGGAGCCUGAGCGGAACGGAGCGGAACGGAACGGAGCGGGGCGAGCGGCCGGUACCGCACCGUGUAAUGCGGGAGCAGCGCUCCGCUUCCAGCAGCGGCACCGACAACGGCACCGCACCGGGUCCAGCAGAGGCAACGCUCCGCUUUUAGCUCGGGCAUCGAUACACCGUUCUGGUUCCGGCACUAGAACCGACGCCAAAACCGCUCCUGUUCCCGCAGCUCCGGCACCGCUUCGUUUUCAGCACCAGAACCGAUACCGACACCGCACCGGCACCGCUUCCAACACCGCCGCCGCUACCGUUCCGCUUCCAGCACCUCCCCGCCCCGCACCCAUUCCCGACCCCGGUUCGGCCCCGCAGCGCCGUCCCCGCCCGUCCCCGCACCCCAGCGAGGAAGGAGGAAGGAGGGGAGCAGCGCUGCGCCCGCGGUGCGGUCAGGAGGUAAAAUGAACAAGAUGAAAAACUUCAAGCGGAGGUUCUCACUCUCAGUCCCUCGGACGGAGACCAUCGAGGAGUCGCUGACGGAGUUCACAGAGCAGUUCAACCAGCUCAACAACCAGAGGAAUGAGGACCUGGCCCAAGGGCACUUGCAGCUGGGACACCUGGGCAGGGACAUCGGAGCAGACCCCACGGCCAUCUCCUCACCCGACACAGAGGGUCCAUCCCCCAUGGCCGUGCGUUACCGCAGCAGCACCCAGCGCCGCUUCUCCACAGAGGAUGUCAGCAAACGCCUCUCCCUGCCCAUGGACAUCCGGCUGCCCCCCGAGUUCCUGCAGAAGCUGCAGAUGGAGAGCCCAGAGUUCCCCAAGCCGCUCAGCAGGAUGUCACGGCGGGCAUCCCUUUCGGAUAUCGGGUUUGGGAAGCUGGAGACCUAUGUUAAGCUGGACAAAUUGGGAGAGGGCACUUAUGCCACUGUCUUCAAGGGACGCAGCAAGCUGACAGAAAACCUGGUGGCACUGAAGGAGAUCCGCCUGGAGCACGAGGAAGGGGCUCCAUGCACCGCUAUCCGGGAAGUGUCACUGCUGAAGAACCUCAAGCACGCCAACAUCGUGACCCUGCAUGACAUCAUCCACACGGAGCGCUCCCUCACGCUGGUCUUCGAGUACCUGGAAAACGACCUCAAGCAGUACCUGGAUAACUGUGGGAACCUGAUGAGCGUGCACAAUGUGAAGAUCUUCAUGUUCCAGCUGCUGCGUGGCCUGUCCUACUGUCACGGGAGGAAGAUCCUACACCGAGACCUCAAACCUCAGAACCUGCUCAUCAACGAGAGAGGGGAGCUUAAACUGGCCGACUUUGGCCUCGCCAGAGCCAAGUCGGUGCCUACCAAAACGUAUUCCAACGAGGUGGUCACUCUGUGGUACCGACCCCCCGACGUCCUGCUGGGAUCUACCGAGUAUUCCACCCCCAUCGACAUGUGGGGCGUGGGAUGCAUCCACUACGAGAUGGUCACCGGACGGCCCAUGUUCCCCGGCUCUACGGUGAAGGAGGAGUUGCAUCUCAUCUUCCGGCUGUUGGGAACGCCGACAGAAGAUACCUGGCCGGGGAUAACGUCCAACGAGGAGUUCAGGGCGUACAACUUCACGCAGUACCGAGCGCAGCCGUUAAUCAAUCACGCCCCGAGGUUGGACUCGGAUGGCAUUGACUUGCUGAUGAACCUCCUCCUGUAUGAAGCCAAGAGCCGGAUUUCAGCAGAGGUGGCCCUGCGGCAUCCCUACUUCAAAAGCCUGGGGGAGCGGGUGCACGUCCUGCCUGACAAUGUCUCCAUCUUCUCUCUGAAGGAGAUCCAACUUCAGAAGGACCCUGGCUACCGAGGCUCAGCGUUUCAGCAGUCAGCCCGAGGGAAGAACAGGAGGCAGAGUAUAUUUUAAACCCGGACCUCAUGUUCCCUUUGUCACCAUGGAGAUCAGUGCACUGAGAAAGGAGACAGCGGUGCGCUCCUACCCGCCCCACCGCGUCGCUCAGCCCAGCAGGACGGAGCUGAUGGCUCUCCCCACAUCCCCCAGCAGCUGGUGGCAAUGGACCUGUGGCCUUUUUCCCCUCUCGUUCUCAUGUUGUUCCUAUCAGCUGCCACCCCUUGUGCAGCUGCUGCACAACCCUCCUAGGAGCGGGGUCCUGCCCUGCGCUGGGGGAGCUGCUCGCUGCCUGUGGGGUUGAGCUGGGUGCAGGGAGGCUGUGAGAGCACAGGUUGGGGUCUGUGAAGCAGGAGCUGUGGCUGCAUUGCAUUCAGCCCAGGCAGGCAACAUCCCACUGCUCAGACAGCCUGCGUGCAGCCCCAUCCCACUGAGAGCUGGGCAUCCCCCAGCCUGGCACCAGAGGACUGCUGCUGGAGCACCAGCCCUGGGGCAACCCUCCCUGCUGUGCCAUUGCUUCUGCCUCUGUAACACCUUCAUCUCUGCCCAUUGUUGGUACCUGAAUCCUGAUGAGGGCGGAGCGACCUCACUCACCAUCCCCUCUUCUUGCCACCGUUGUGUUCCCCAGUUCUGAUGCCAUCACAAGACGUGGGAUGUGAUUCCCAGAGUGAUUCCCGGCUGUUCACAGGAGCCUGCAGCUGAACAGAGCCCUGCAGCAUCACUGCACCCCAAUGCUUCGCACUCACCGCAGUGCAUUCCCCACCUGGAGGACGAGGGAGAGGUGCCAAACCUCCCCAGCUCAGCUGCAGGGACCAGAAAUAGAGCCACAGAACAGCAAACCAGCCCUCCCCACGUGUAGCCAACAUCACACCAAGCAGCCCUGGCUCAGACCCACGCCGCAGGACCGAGGGGCACACUGUGCUGCCAAGGGCUGCUCCUGAGGCAUUUUAACUGGACCUUGCCAAAGCACUCGAUGGAGGAUGUGCCGAUGUCCCAACCUGCCAGCAUCCCAGGACAAGCAGUGCUCAGGGGACACUAACUGUGCCCACACCGCUGUUUCUCCGUGGAGAGGAAUUGGAACUCUGUUUUCCCCCUGCAAAUGCAAAGCUGGAGGAGAAAAGGAGGAGAGCCCAGGGUUCUCCAGCGCUCAGUGCACCGCACUCUGCGCUCCUCCUGUCAGCCCAAAGCUGUUAACUUGGGUUUGUCCUAGACAAGCAUCCAGACGUCUGCAUUGUUUGAGGUUUGCCCAUCCCUGCUCGGUUCCUUUCUCAGUAUGUCCAGCAUACAGCAGGCUGAAUAGUUCAUUAAUUGUUUCCAUUUGAUAGGGAAGAGCACGAAGAGCCAUCAGCCACCAGUGACGCUCUGAUGUGAGGGUUGGGCUGCGCCUGGUUCCCUGCACCCUGCUUGGGCUGCACAGGGCUUUUCAGCAGUGGGGUUUACAAAAGGAAGCGCUGAGCUCACGUUGUCACCUUUCCUUUCAUUAAGGUGUUUACAUUGGGAUUUUUCUGGGCACGAUAGGGAUCUGUGGUGCUUCCCAAGGCACCGAGGGCACGGAUCUGGGCAAGUCCUGCUCUUGGGAAGCCACGACAGGACGUGCAUAACCUGUUCUGGCUUUACCAGCCCCGUGCCCUGAGGCUGUCAUGGGCACAAAGCGUGCCAGGGCACAGGAAGCUUUGCUGAUCCUUCAAUGGGAGGGCAAGGCAGAGCUGUGGGACACGGGGCUCUGCUCACUGCUGCUUGGCAGAACCCUUGGGAACCAAUGUCCCCAUUGGGAACCAGUGUCCCCAUGAGGCAGACAUCUCCAGGGUGCAGCAAGGUGACCCACGGAACAGUGAGCACGCAGACAGCUCUGCUUUAUCUGCAAUCAGAUAAGGAAGACAAAGAGUCUGCUGGCUGCUGUUUGCUCUUUCACAGCCUUUGCCUUUCCUUCUCCAAGACAGGAGAUCUUUGUGUGGAGGCACUAUUAUUUAUUUGCCCCGUGCAUGACCAGCAGGCUGCGUUUCAGAUAACCCCUUUUGUUCUGCUGCUUUUCAUGGGUAUUGGAUUCCUAUUCAGGAGGGUGAUAAAGUGCAUAAAUAUUUGGUGCCCCGUUGAGCAAGCUGUGAUGUGUGCACUGCUGCUGUGCGUCCCGAUGCCGAGAGAGGGAGGUCAGCAAAGUCCCCCCCUGCACAGGGUCAGCAUCCCAUGAGGGUAUGGGGUCUGUAUGGGUUUAGGUCAGCAUCCCACCACGUUGCAGGCUCCAUAUGGGUCCAGAUCAGCAUCCCACAGGAGUACGAGAUCCAUAUGGGUUCCUGAGGACUGCAACCCCCCAGUGCUGGGGAUGGAGACACGCAGUGAGCUCCCAGCUCUGCCCAGUGCUGGAGCACCAGCUGCUCAAAGCAGCGCUGAUGAAAACACUGCAAAUGUCUGUGGCUUUCUGGAAUUUAUUUUCUUUUCCAUUUUGUGGCACCCAGCGUGGUUUGGGAGCUGUUGUUUUGUCUUCCAGGCAUUAUUUUCUUGCAUUUUUUUUUUUUAUUUUUUCCUACCAGUUCUGCCUGCACACUGGGGAAAGGCUGCAUUGCUUUGUGCACUCAGCAGCUCCGGUCUGCGCGCCGCUCCUGCUGUGGUUUUGUGUUUCCAUCAGUCAGAAUUGAAGGCAGCACCCCUCACUGCAGUACAGGUGGGAUGCAUCACAGGAACAGCUUCAGCCCCGUGUCCUGCAGCAGGAAAAACGUGUCCCAGAGUGCUCAGGUUCCCACUGUGAGCAUCCCCUGGUGUGCGCCGUGCGCAGGAUCCCGAUGGCCGUUGGAUGAAUGGAAGAUGUGUUUUAAAAGGAGUGUUUUUAAAAGGUUUAUUCAAAAACAAAAGCAAUUUGUUUGUUUGUUUUAUAUGUAUAUAUAUAGAAAGAGAGGAAGAAGUUUUUUUUUUUUUUCUGGAAUAAAUGGAAAGGUGCAAAGCAAAAAGGAAUAAAAGGCUGCGCCCAUCGAUCAA